AACAAGCGCACGCGGGAGGAAGGACAACACGCGCGCACACAACCUACCUGUGCACCCACUGCAGGGCACCUAACGCUAACAAAGGAGGCCAGGAGAGAAAGACGACGCUGGAGGCAGAAAUAUGCUUCUUCAUUAUCUGUGACGGGACACAAGGACACCAGGACACCUUGUUUACAGGGGGAUUGAGGAGUCACGGGCAAAGCAGGAGCAGGAGGAGGAGGCGGAAGGAGUGCAGAAAGGGACAGAUCCCAGCAGUUUGGUCAAUAUUCCUAAAGAUGGAAGAGUCUCUGCAGUUUUGGCACACGCAGGCGGCUAGUGGUGAGCCCCAGCAGAAAAUGUCCACGGUGAGCCAGCUGGAGUGCCCCAUCUGCUACAACACCUACGACAACGUCUUCAAAACGCCCAAGUUGUUGGCUUGCACCCACACCUUCUGCUUGGAGUGCCUCUCCCGCCUCAUGGCGAUCGCGCCGGCCGAGCAGGAAGGCGGCCAGGGGACGACGCACCUCUUAUGCCCCUUCUGCCGCCACAGCACAACGUUGCCCGAGGGGGGCCCGCCGUCUCUGCCCACCAACCACGAAAUGCUGCAAAAUUUACCUGGCCACCAGCAGCAGGAGGAGCCCGUGUGGCUGGACGGCGAGAAGUUGUGUUACAAAAGCUCCAGGCCGGCGCCCGACAGCCUCUCGGCCUUGUGCAUCUGCAUUGACAUUGGCGCCGACAAGGGAGGCGGCGCCCCGAUCCAGACCCCGCCUCCGAGGUUACGCCUGCUGGACCGGCUGGCGGACUGGAAGCGGAUGGUGCUCUUCGUGGUGCUCGUGGUGCUGUUGGUCGUCGUGGUGCUGUGGCCACUGCAGUGCGUAUUCCGCACCGGAAACAUGCGAUGUAUGCAGAUGGUCCAACUGAACCGCACCGCCGCAACGACGGUCACCCCUUUUGACCCGCUGAACAGGCCUGCGGGUCUGGCAGAAUAGACAUGAACGCUGGCCCUCUGGGCUUGAUUGUGUAUAGCUUGUGGAUCGCAAGAAGAAAAAUGUUCACUUGUGAUGACGCGCUGUGCAUUUUUCAUUUAGCAGCGCUUGACCAAGAGGAGGACCCCCAAUGGUGUCUGUCCUGAAGUCCAUAUUUAUUUAUUUUUCAAACAUGUAAUAUGGACAAAUACACCAUACCACACCUCGUCACACGUCAGCUUUUUAGGGAAACUAUAUUGUCGCUGUUCAUUGAAAGGCACACGUCCACAUUUUGAGAGCUUUAAGUAACUACAUACACUUAAUCCCAUGAAGGAAAGGAAGGAAACACUUUAUUAUUGUUGUCUUGUCUUAGAUUUGGAGACAUGCUUUUCAUCGGAGAGCAACAAUUUGAAGAUUUCGCACCAUUUAACCUCUUGACUGGAUUAAAAUGAGCCUGGCUUGCUUAAUGUUGUAUUUCAUUACAGUUGCAUCAUGUGUGUAGAUUUAAAAUGGGACUUUUUGUUUUGUUUUUGUUUUUUGCAUCAAAAUAUUUUAGAUGAGUUGAAAUGUUUGUUGUUAAUAAAUGAA